CACACCCGCACCUUCAGCCAUGUUCGGGAUGGGUGCUGCAGACGGGUCACUUUGCAAAGCAUUUUACAUUUUUUUUUUGGAUAAUCUCACCUCACGGUAACCACACAUCAAAUCGUUCUCUCUAGCCAUCAGAGAAAAUCGGUCAUCCAACGGUCCACAUAAAACAGAUCAGGAGGGCAACUCCGUAAAUCUAGCCUCGGUCGACUGCCCCUUGAACACACCUCACCAACCAGUUUUCUAGCCUUUCUUCCCACCACCAACAGCAGUAGCGGAGGAGACUCGGAGACUCCCCCGGGCGGCGAUGCCCCUGAGUCACUUGCUCCGCGUGUCUGACGCCCCGCCACCGGCGGCGGCGGAGGCUGAGGAGGAGGAGCCGGGUUCUCCGUCGGUGAGCCCCCCCAUCCUGGUCCUCCCGCCGGACGCCCUCUACAAUGUCCUCGGCCGCCUCCCCCUCCGCCAGGCUAUCGCCUGCCGCCCCGUGUGCCGCCUCUUCUGCGACGCCCUCUCAUGCCCGCCCUUCCUCGCUGCCCUACCGCCGCUUCGCCUCCUCGCCCUCCGCCACCCCCGCGCCGCCUCACCCGCUCCCUCCCUCCACGCCUUCGACCCCGCCGUCGGCCACUGGCUCCGCCUCCCGCUCUCUUUCCUUCCUUUCCCCUCCUCCUCCCCCGUCACGGCCUCCUCCUCCCUCCUCUACCUCUGGGCCGACACCUCUCCUGCCUCCUCCACCGCCGGCGACCUUAAGAACGCCAGGUCCCUUGUCCUCUGCAACCCGCUCGCCCGGUCCUACCGCCUCCUCCCCCCACUCGGCUCCGCGUGGUCACGCCACGGCACCGUCCUCGCCGGCCCCGGCGGCGCCGCCCUCGUCCUCACAGAGCUCGCCGCCCUCGCCUACGCCCCCGGGGCCGACCGGUGGCUCAAGUUCUCCCUCAACCUCCCAUCGAAGCCCCGGAGCCCGAUUCUGAUGGGCGGCACGGUCUACACCCUCUGCGACGUCGGAACGCCAUGGCGGAGCCAGUGGAAGCUCUUCUCCUGCGGUCUUCGCGACCUCGGUGGGCCCCGCGGGUGGGCCCCGAUCGAGCGGCACGAGUGGGGGGACGUGUUCGACAUCCUGAAGCGGCCCCGGCUGAUCCCCGGGGCGGGGAGCGGGCAGAUCCUGAUGAUCGGAGGGCUGCGGUCGUCGUUCGCGCUCGACGCGCCGUGCUCGACGGUCCUGAUCUUGAGGCUGGAUCUGGCUACGCUGGAGUGGGAUGAGGCCGGCAGGAUGCCGCCGGAGAUGUACCGGUGCUUCGGCGGCGGCAGCGGCGUAGGGCCGGGGCCGUUGGGUGUGGCGGCGGCGGCGGCUGCUGUGGGGAAUAACAAGGUGAAGGUGUUCGGCGGGGAUGGGAGGGUCUGGUUCUCGGGGAAGAGGGUGAGGGGAAAACUGGCGAUGUGGGAGGAGGAGGCCAUUGGUGGGUGGAGGUGGGUGGAUGGUGUUCCAGGUUACAAUGAAGGGGUGUACAGAGGAUUCGUGUUCGAUGCUGGAUUCACUGCCAUGCCCUGAACCGAUCAUGAAACUGAUGACAGAGAUUUGUUUGACCGCAAGAUUUAACCUCUAGGAAAUGGUUGUGAGAUCCUAGUCAAGACCGACAAACCCCCACCCCUUCUCACCCUUCUUCAUUGAAGUUCUGCUCUGUGUGAGUAGGGUAUUUCAUCAACCCGACUCCAGCUCCAUGGAAGCCCUCUCUAGCCAUAUUGCUUAUUUAUAUUGAAACAAACAUGAGGAAGCAGGAACAGCACAUGAAAGAUCUGAGAUGGACAAAGCAGCAAUUGCAUCAGGAACGAGCCAUUGCAGGAGGUGAUGUGGCAGUUCUUUUGCCUUCUCAUAGCUUUAGCUCACAUGAAACUUAUUGAUGUUCUGCAUGAUAAUUACUUGAGACUGAUGAUAGUGGAGAUAAACAGUCAUAUCAUAUAAGUUAAUAUAAUGGUCUGUGUUUGUAUUAUUUUCUUUUACGGUUCAGUGAACUUAAAGCAUAUGCUUAGAUCUGGGGAAAAGACUGUCUGGUCUGGUAAACCCAGUGGCCCAAUGUCAGUUGUUGGAAGAAUAAAUGACAGGUGACGUAAAUUUGCACGCCCUAGAUUUGGCGCUUGCAUAACCAAAUUCCAUUGUCUGUGAUUGGUGUCACUGUCAUCUGGAGGUGCUAACCUCUUCAUAUUUGUUCAGGCUCAGCCAAUGUAUCAUUAAUAAUCUAAGAAGUGAUUUUUGGCAGGCAA